UAACCGAGUUAUGCGCCAAAAACUGAAUGAACCUGCCAUAAACAGCAGCAACAGCAGGAUAUUCCAGCAGCCAAUGAUCCCGGGUUCAAAGCUGGUGUGGGUUCCUGGCCCUGUGAUCAUUGGUGCAGGACCUUCAGGGCUUGCAGCGGCCGCUUGCCUUAAGACCAAAGAAAUCCCAUUUCUGAUACUUGAGAAAGGAAGCUGCUUGGCGUCUCUGUGGCAGUUUGGGACAUACGACCGUUUGCAACUCCACCUUCCGAAGAAGUUCUGUGAGCUGCCUUUCUUCCCAUUCCCACCUCACUUCCCUGCAUACCCAACAAAGCAACAGUUCAUAGCUUACCUGGAGGCCUAUGCCAAGCACUUUGCCAUCAAGCCCGUGUUUCGUCAGGAGGCUCGAGCAGUUCAGUACGAUCCGGACAUGGGGUUCUGGCAGGUUCAAGCGUGUGGGUAUGAGUUCAUAUGCCGGUGGGUGAUUGUGGCCACUGGCGAGAAUGCUGACCCUUUCCUGCCUGAAAUUGAAGGGUUGGGAGAUUUCAGAGGGAGGACUCUGCAUACGAGCAGCUACAGAGAUGGAGGUGAAUUCAAAGGGAAGAAAGUUCUGGUGGUUGGUUGUGGGAAUUCUGGAAUGGAGGUUAGCUUGGAUUUGUUUGAUAAUGGUGCUGAUGUUUCCCUCUUUGUCAGAGAUAAGCUGCAUAUAUUGCCUAGAGAGAUUCUAGGGAUCUCAACUUUUGCACUAUCAAUGUUGCUGCUCAAGUGGUUCCCAGUGAAACUAGUUGACAAGUUCCUCAUCUUUGUCUCAAGGUUGAUUCUUGGGGACACAAGUAGAUCUGGGAUCAAAAGGCCUGAUAUUGGGCCCUUGGAAUUGAAGAACUCCACUGGGAAGACCCCUGUUUUGGAUUUUGGAGCUUUUGCCAGAAUCAAGUCUGGCCAAAUCAAGAUUGUUCGUGGGAUUCGAAGAUUCACGACGAAUGGGGUGGAGUUUGUGGAUGGCAGAGUGAAGGAAUUCGAUGCAGCGAUUCUAGCAACAGGCUACAGAAGCAAUGUGACUUCAUGGCUCAAGGAGGAGAACUUCUUCAACGAAAAGGACGGGUACCCAAGAACCCCAUUCCCAAACAGCUGGAAAGGAAACAAUGGACUCUACUGCAUUGGGUUCACCAAGAGAGGAUUGCUUGGAACUUCCAUCGAUGCACAAAAAGUUGCAGAAGACAUUGCAAGACAAUGGAACUCCGAGACAAGGCAUUUGAAGGUCGAGUCAUAGAUAAACAAUUCGCUAGCUGCAGUUGACCCAUAGCUUUGUAUUCUGCACAACCCUUCUGACCCUUUUUUUCCCCUUUCUUCUUAACCUGUAACUAAUCAAGUCCUUUAACCUUUGCACAAAACUAACUAGCUAACUAGAGACUGAAGAAGGGAGACCAGUUUUACUUAUCAGAAGAUGGGACCAAUUCAGAAGUAGAAGCAGGGGAGAAUAUUGCUACUGUUGGCAACCUGAAAAACGUUAUAGGGUCUCUAUCCAUUUGAUGUAGAAUUGCAGGCGGUGGUGUGGAAGUACAAUUUCUCUUUGUCUAUGAAAGCAAAGUAUAUAGAAUGUUACAGAUAAACUUAUGACGCAGAAUGAAAUCGUUUAAAUUGUGGACGUGUUGGAGC